CCCUCCUCACACCCUCCCUAGAAAUCCCCUGAGCUGAAUGUCCAAAACCUCCCUCGUCGGGGGGGCAUGUUUUCCAAAACCUCCCUCGUCGGGGGGGCAUGUUUUCCAAAACCUCCCUCGUCGGGGGGGCAUGUUUUCCCAAAACCUCCCUCGUCGGGGGGGCAUGUUUUCCCAAAACCUCCCUCGUCGGGGGGGCAUGUUUUCCCAAAACCUCCCUCGUCGGGGGGGGGGUUGCCUGUUUUCCGAAACCUCCCUCGUCGGUGGGGCCCGUUUUCUGAAACCUCCCUCGUCGGUGGGGCCCGUUUUCCGAAACCUCCCUCGUCGGUGGGGCCCGUUUUCCGAAACCUCCCUCGUCGGUGGGGCCCGUUUUCCGAAACCUCCCUCGUCGGUGGGGCCCGUUUUCCGAAACCUCCCUCGUCGGUGGGGGCCCGUUUUCCGAAACCUCCCUCGUCGGUGGGGCCCGUUUUCCGAAACCUCCCUCGUCGGUGGGGCCCGUUUUCCGAAACCUCCCUCGUCGGUGGGGCCCGUUUUCCGAAACCUCCCUCGUCGGUGGGGCCCGUUUUCCGAAACCUCCCUCGUCGGUGGGGCCCGUUUUCCGAAACCUCCCUCGUCGGUGGGGCCCGUUUUUCCGAAACCUCCCUCGUCGGUGGGGCCCGUUUUUCCGAAACCUCCCUCGUCGGUGGGGCCCGUUUUUCCGAAACCUCCCUCGUCGGUGGGGCCCGUUUUUCCGAAACCUCCCUCGUCGGUGGGGCCCGUUUUUCCGAAACCUCCCUCGUCGGUGGGGCCCGUUUUUCCGAAACCUCCCUCGUCCUGCGGGGGCAUGUUUUCCGAAACCUCACUCGUCUCGCGGGGGCAUGUUUUCCAAAACCUCCCUCGCCGCGGGGGCAUGUUUUUGAGCAUUCUAAUUGGUCAGCGCUGUCACAUGGGCGGCGCUGACCAGUAGCCCCAUGGCCCGUCUUAUCGGCUAUGAAGAAGACUAGUGGAUGGUGAGAAUAUUUCUAAGCCCUGGGCUCCUGGCAUGCAUAUACCGGAGAUUGCGACGGUCCAGGUCAGGGGGACUGGGGGGGGUUGGGUCAAGGAAGGGGACCUGUAUAAGUUCACCUUACAAAUUUUUCAUUUCCCCCACAUUCACCAACUGGGAGGGGGGCGGCUAGUCAGGCCUACCUGCACAUCAGUGGUUGGCUGUGCCAGAACCCGGAAUAUUCGGGGCAGCCUCCCGAUGAUGUCACAGAUAAACAUGGUAGAUCGGCGGCUGCAGAGAAGAUCUCGGCAGGACAACGCUGGAUGUUGGUGAAUAUCUGAAGUGUGGCCAGCUCAGCAUCGGGGUGAGUGGGGGAGCCAAGAAAAAAGAAAUAUGGGAGCGGGUGAAAUUCAUCUUGAAUCCCCGAUCAGCAGCAGCACCCUAUGUAUUUCUGUAAUGACAGGUUCCCUUUAAAACCAGGUCAACUUUUGUACAACUCCUAUAGCCCUUUUAGGUCAGUUUCGGGGCCCACACAAUGCUGUAGUAUGUUUUGCUUCUGACCUAUCCGGACGUGUAGCUUUGACAGAACGGGCUGUCCAAUAUCGGCCCAAUGGGCCGGUCUCAGUCUUUUGUUUUUUUAGGGAAUUCUCGAUUUUUUUAUUAAACCUAAAAAACCUGUAGGGUGCGUCCGUAAGCUGUCCUGUCCAAGGAAAUAAAAAAUGGAUAGUGACAUGUAAAAUAUGAUGACUGCACCCUAAUGUAUUGUAUUUGUUUUCUGACCGAUGAUUCCAUUCACAUGGAUGAAAGCGGCGACUUCGGCCGCUUGUCAGAGCGGCGGCCAUGACUGUGAUUUUUUUUUUUUUUUUUUACCAAGCUCCUGUUCAUCCAAAAGAUUCCGGGUGGUGACUUUCCUUAUUUGUUUGAUAAUCGAGACUUUUUUUUUUUUU